UAAUCGCCAGCUAUGACAUCGAAAGCGGAUUAUUUAAAAAAAUAUCUGUCUCCUGCUUCCGGUGAUAUCGAAAAGAAGAAAAAGAAGAAGAACAAAGACAAAAACAAGCCAAGCGGGCUGCGACUAAUCGAAGAAGAUGCAUUUCUUUCUGUGGAUGCUGCCAAAACAAGAGAUAUUGGAUCCGACGAAGAACGAGAAGAAAUUGAAGUUUUGAAGCAGAGCGUUAAGAAAGCAAAAGUAGUUCAUGGAUUCAAGCAGACAUUUGCCGAGGUUGAUGCUCCAAAAGUAAUAAAACCGGAACCAUUAUCACCUGAUAACUCUCCGCCGCGGGGGAAACGUCAACGUCACGAUAGCGACAACUCUCCACCAAGACCUUCUAGAAAGCGAAAUGACAGUGACAAUUCUCCACCACGACCAUCACGAAAUCGGCAUGACAGCGACAAGGAUAAUUCACCGCCAAGGAGAAGACGACACGAUAGUGACAAUUCACCCCCACGUCCAUCACGGAAAAUAAGAGAAGAAAGUCCAUCUGCUAGAAAUCGACGCUCACCACCCAGAACGCGAAGAGAUCGGCAUGAUAGUGACAACUCGCCUCCUCGUAACCGUUCUCGUCGUGAUUCGGAUAAUUCUCCGCCUAGAAGACGACCAUCAUCUCCUGCUCGUCGACGUAAAGACGAUGAUCUGAGUCCCCCGAGAAAAUCGAGAAAGAUCGAAGAACCGAAGAAAAUAAAGAAAGAAGAGCCUGACAGUGAUACAGAGACAUCUGGAAGAACGUUAGAAGGCAAAAGAUCCGGAUUGCAAUCAGCACGAGAUUUGAAAGAAGAGAGCGAUAAACUGAGAGCUAAAAAUUCGAAAAUGUUUGAAGAAAUGGACACUUCGGUGAGCGGUCGAUUCGCUGAUACUGUAUACAGACAGAAACAAACGAAGAAAAAAGGCAAAGAUUCUGAAGAAGAUCAGGCGAAAAAAGAACGCGAAACGAAGAAAACAGAAGAAUUGAAAGAAAAAUAUAAAUCAUGGAAUAAAGGAGUUGCUCAGAUUGAAGAUCGUAGAGCACAACUUGAAGAAAUGGCCAGAGUUGCUGCUGAGCCAAUGGCUAGAGCUCGAGAUGACGAUGCAAUGAAUGCCCAUCUAAAAGAAGUGCUGCAUGCGGCUGAUCCGAUGGCAAACAUGAUUCAGAAAAAGCGCCGAGACACAGCAAUUGAUCGUGGAGAACUGGUAUAUCCUUCAUAUCACGGACAUUUUGUACCAAAUCGAUUUGGAAUCGCCCCCGGAUAUCGAUGGGACGGAGUGGACAGAUCAAAUGGAUUCGAAGGAAAACUUGCAAAAACGGAGAACACCAAAACAGCAAAUCAAUCCGAAUACUACAAAUCGAUUGCCGAAUACGAGUAAUAAUGAUAAAUUUUCCAGUGUUUCAAAAUUAUUUUCUUUUCUGCCUUUAUUUAUUAUCAGUAAAUUAUUUUGCAAA